AUGGGUAUGCGCGAAGGGCACGCAGAUGUCCCUCUUUACUAUGGGACAAAGUUAGGAGGAAUGUCCCGGGACCAGCGUCCCCAUGCUCUCCAUUCCUCCCACUCCUCCGAAGACUCACUGGCUAGUGGUGAGGGGUUCCAACCCACUAAUGGAGAAGAGAGUCACUCUGCGCAGAGGACUACAAGUGAGCCUUGUCCUCCAAAGAAGACGGUCAAGAAAAAUACUCAACUGUCACAGCAUUCAAGACGGGAAGAGGAGCAUUCAGGUGGUGCUUCAGAUGAUCAAGAUGAUGGAAAGAAAAGUACCUGUGGACCGCAGUUCUCAGAAUCGGAGAACUGUGCCUUGGUGGAUGCUGUUGAAAAACAUUAUGAAAGAUUGUAUGGGACACGUGCACAGACAACAGCACCAAGGGAAAAGCAGAGACUCUGGAAAGAGAUUUCUGAUAAAGUGACUGUUGUGUCCAGCAUUCUUCGAGAUUCCAAACACUGUAAGAAACCGUACAGUGAUUGCCAUAGACAAACAAAGAAGAAGAUGGCAAUGUUAAGACGACAUGAACAAGGAACCGGUGGAGGGCCUGAACUUAUCAUACAUUGGCUUAAUUGGGAGGAUAUAAUUAGAGCCAGGUUGAACCCCAUCAGGGUUGCAGGUGUGCCAGGGAGAAUGGACUCUCACAACCGAACCGAAAUUCCAGCAGAAGAAGCACCCAGACGGGCUGUUGUAUGCCAAGUUAAGCAAACAUCAGGACCACAGAAAUCUGACAAGCGAUUGGGAAAUUCUGGUCCAAAAAGGACUUGUUUUGAAGAGUUGCCAGAGCAGAGGACAGCUACACAAGAUACAAGAUCAAACUUUGAAAUCACUCCAAGGAGGGACCAGAAUGUCUCCCAGGAAGUGGCUUUUGCACAGGACAGUGAUGAACUGUUUACAUUGGGCCUACAAGCAAUCCCAAGCACCCUGUUCGAGUCUUCCGGAGUUACUGAUGUCACUUUUGAGGGAUUUCAGUUACAGAAGAUUUGCCACAGACCAGCGCUGGAUAGCCCUCAGGAAUAGGACCUUUUUUCGUCCUGAUUUGAUGCAAGAUAACUCUGAUGAAGAUGCCAAUGUCGAUCCAACUAUUCCUGCACGAUCUACUCCUGUUGCUUCACAAUUUCAAGUGGUUGAGGAUAUUCAGCGAGGCUAUUCGCCUAGUAGAGUGAGGCAGAUUCGGAAUAUGGCAUAAAAUAUGGAAGAUGGACAAAAUUCCUUUCGGGAUGUGGUGGACAGCAGACUCGAUAGGAUGGAGAGAACGAUGGAAAGACUCGUGAACUCUCUUAAACAACAUAAGAACAACAGACAACAGGAUCAAGAGCAUCAGGGAAAUUAUUCGGAUGAUAAUAAUAUUGAUGGACAAGCUUGUGGCCAAUUCAACAAGUCAACAGUUCAAAUAAUGAGGAUGAUGUCUAACAGCCAAAGUAAAACUGCUGCAAAUUCAAGCAUCAUCGCCACAUCGCUGAAGCUCAUCAGUGAAACAUUGCAGUGUCCACAGGUAAGAAGAAAUCCUACUGGACACCAGCGACCAGCACAUGCUCCAUAUGCCCCUGCUUCGUCAGGACCCUGGUGUGGUCCACCAUAUCAAUAAUACCAGGGUUUCCCAGGAACAUAUCAUAUGUACCAAUAUGCACCACCAUCAUCAUCUGCACCACCAUGGACUCCUAGUCAAGGCACAGGGACAGCUCCACCAAUGGCAGCGGCAGCCCCAAGGACUCCUAGUCAAGGCACAGGGACAGCUCCACCAAUGGCAGUUUCAGCCCCAAGGACUCCUAGUCAAGGCACAGGGACAGCUCCACCAACGUAAUCGGCACACCAGAAUCUUGAACAUCAGGAGGAGGACCAGGAUACCCAAAGCUAAUUAAACGAACAGUGCAUUAAAGAUGUCUUCUUUCAAAACAAUGAAGCCCAGACAACAUCUUGGAGAGCCUAGAAGGCCAUUACACCAAGUAAUUUCCAAAAAGAAGCAAAAGAUGAAAAUGAUGAGCAAGAAAAAGUACAACGAAAUCAAGAUUCAACAUUAUAUUUAAUGCAUACAUUAAAACAAAUCAAACCUUAUAUAUUUACAAAAUUCAAAAUUUAUAUAAUUAAAG